AUGGUGCGCCCAAACAAUUUUCGUCAAAGUUCCCGGACCGAGGCCGUACACCUUCAGCAUGCGCUGGAGGAAAGUGGCCCACAGCCCUACCAGAACCGGCAGAUGUCGAACCUGCCGAACCGGGACCUCCCGAAGGAGGAAUGGCGAUACACCUUGGUGUCUUCAGGAGGUAGUAUGCCAAUCUUUGAGGAGACAAAUCGUAAAGUCUUCAGAGCCUUGGGAUUUGCCUGGGAAGGCUCCAAAUCCAGCAAUCUUGGGCGCAUCCGACUUGAAGCGCAGUCACCAGUUGAUCCCAGAGAUCCAGAGGAAGCUGCUGAAAGUCCUGACAAUGGGAGUGCCGAGGCCUCCAUAGCUGCAGCUGCGCCCGCACCUGCAGCUGGCAGCAGUGCAGGUGAAUCUGGUAGAGACGUGCGCUCAAGACUGUCCUACUUGCUGAAACCCAAAGGUGCUCCAGUUCGUAGUCCCCCAGCCGUUCCGCCACCGACCAAGGCUGAGCCCAGUGAAACGACAGCUGCUCCAUCCGAAGUCAAGCCUGAGCCACUGAAGGAGCCACCGAAGCCGCCACUUGACGCGGAAGCCGCGGAAGCGAAGAAUCUUCGGACAGGGGACACGUCGGACACGUCGGACACCAAUGGCAUCAAGUCUUUGGAUUCCCCAGAAGUGUCAGCGUCCCCGGUCGAAACGACGGAAGGCAGCCAGCAAAGCUCCACAGUCCCGGAGGCUCCAGAGGCACCACGCAGCGUAGCGAGAGAGGCUAACAACUUCGCACAAGAUGCGUCUGUACAGAGGGCCUGUGGAUGGCAACGAAAGGUGGCUGCUGACAUCUCGGACUUCUUGGACGUGGCCUUGGAGGAGGGCAGCUUAUCUCUCAGCGAGCUGCGCUGCAAACACCUCCUGAAGCCCUUGGAGGCCAUCGAUGGCGAGCGCGAGGGCCGCGACCGUGGAGCCUUUCGUCUGCUGAAAGCGGUCUCCAUCCUGUUGAGACUCCAUGGAUUUCAACGUGGUGAACCGCCCUUUCGAGAGCUGGUCAUCUACGGCCAGCCCUUGCUGGGCCGCAAAGAGCACCCCUCGCCGGCACGGGCCUUGGAGCAAGCGGUGCACAUCUGCCGGAGCUCGGCGCAGCUGAAAUGCGUUCAGCUGAUCAAUUGCCAUUUGGAUUCCAGUGAGGCCUGUGUGGCCGAAGUGAUCCGUUUGGUGUGCCUUGGCAAUGUUUCUUUACAGGUGUGUGCCUAA